UUAAAAGAUAGCGUUCCAGAGAGAGAGAAAGAGCUAUGCAUGCUCCAAGAAGAAAAUGAGCAUCAUGCUCUCGUCAGGGAGCAAGAUGCCGCAGCUUGUUGGUCGAAGCCUGCUGUCGUUGGCUUCAUGCGCGCUCUUUUGCCUCUAUCCUGCUGUGCAUUCCAAGGAAGUCGCGUCGAUAUUCGCACGAAGAGGAGCAAACAAAAACAGAGGAGCAUCUACUACAUCCAGUUUGCUUUCAUCUGCAACCACGUCAACUUCCAAGAGGCACAAGCAGAAGCAUGACGCUAUCCAACUUGACGAGGUGGAUCGCAUGCCUCUCGUUUUGCAUACUCGAAAGAAGAGCUCGUCAACAUCGAAUGUCCUAGUGUUAAGGGAUUCCACAUUGCAUUCGGCUUCUGCACUAGUCAUUCGUUGAACAAGAUCAUUGCCACUCAGUUGUUCUGCUUCUGCACUAGAAGAACUAACAUUGAACAACUCUAGGACUAUCCAUAAACACAGCAUGAAACAUAAUGCUACAUUCUGCUUCUGCACUAGUGCCGUUCUUGACCGAUUUCCCAAUAGGAAAGAAGUCAGGGCGGGUCAUGUUCUGAAGAAUGCAAUGGCGCACCCACUAAGAGUGGAGCGCAGUGUUUCUUCGUUGAACAAGAUCAUUGCCACUCAGUUGAUCUCGCGCGAUCAACGGGAAUCGGCUUGGGUGCUGCGUCGAGCUGAGCAUGAGGACCGAUUGCUCUCUCUGCGGGCAGAGUUAAGGCAAAGACGAUUACUUACAUUUAAUAAUCUUCUACUUACUUACUUGUUCUUCAUCAUGAUGAACAUCUAACUCCCACCGCCCGUUUAACUCGUCGACUCACCGCUGCCGCCGCUGCUGUCGCUGAGGCGCAAGCGAUGUUACCUACUGAGGAAGCGGAGGAGGAUUUUCGACAACAGCAUAGAGACGAAAAGGACCGCUGCGACGCAGAGGAAGCCGAACUAGGGAAACAGAAAGACCGCAAAAGAGCAGAACUAAAUUAAGGCUUGGAAAUUGACCUAUCAAUCUGUGUAUAAGAGAAUGUAAUAUGAAGACCUUUAUUUCAACUCAUGCCAUAGCGCUAUCGGUUCUCUGCCGCGUCUCUACUCGGGUCGCAACGGAAUCAGGCAGCUUUCUUGAGUUGUCACGUGGUUUGCAAAUGAGUGAAUGAAUGAAUUUCCAACAAGGGGAAAGAGUAAGAGGAUAAGUAGAUAUGCGACCCAGAUCGGUCAACUUGAGAUCCCUAACUACAGGAGAGAAAAGCGACGUUUAAAAAGUAUUUCGGCAAAGGCUACGAUGCUGACGGUGGAGUAGGUGGGAGUAAUUCCACUGCUAGUGCUGUUGGCGCAGAGGCUGCUGAGGAAGAAGAAACUGUUGCUGGUAUUGUUGAAGUAGAGAUGGUAUAAAAAUUCGUAAAUUGUUGAAGUAAUACUACGAAGUCGAAAUGACUGUCGUGGUUGAAUAUCUUGCGGAUGAGUACUUAUAUUAUCAAAUAUGUAGCCAACAAGAGGAGCGACACUUGUUCCAUGGCGGACCUUCGAGGACCUUCAUCUCCUUUCAUGAUCCUUCAGGUCCCGCCUGCCAGCCCUACACUGAGGACGAGCUCGAUUUUCUGGUAGGCGAGACUGAAGACAGCCUUCUCUCCCUCACCACUGCGUCUGCAAAUCUUGAAGAAGAAUGCAAAAAACGCUUCCAGGAGAUCGAAGAUGGCGUCAAGCUACUUGAGCAAGCUCGUUCCCGUACCAAACAUUAUGACUUGAGAUGAAGACUUAUAAAUAUUUCUGCUCACCAAGAUGAAUAAUUUCUGCAAGUUCUAAAAAUAACAAGUACGCCAUCUAGAGGGGUUGCGCAAACAUACUGCGGGGCUAGUGGAAGCUGUACAGCGUGAUUUGGACGAGGUAGAGGAGGAGAUGCGGAAAGAGGAGAAGGAAGCCCAAGACGAGAUCCAAGACAUGAAGGACAACAUGUGUAGUUAUUUGGAAGUGCGGAAGGAAAUAGUCGUGGCACGAAGAAGUAGUAAGAAGAUGACAAGAACUUCAGUUAAGGCUUCAUCCCCUCAUCCAUCCUCGGAAGGAUCUUGGGCACGUUUUCAAGGGUGAACGAACCGGCCUCGGGGUGCAUUUCAGGAUGGAUAAGGGUGAGCUCCAAUUCAGCUGCCGCUGCGUCGAAGGAAGAAGUAGCGCUGUUGGCCAACUACAUGGAUCAGCAGGACGGAAAUAAAGAUGAGCUUGAUCAUGCUGCGGCAUCCCAAUCCGAUCAUGUUAAGGCCAUCAUUUAGUGUCCACCUUUCUCGGCAACAUCUUGGUACCCUUUUCCCUUGUAUUCUCAUGAAAUACAAGGCACAAGGGAUCAAAAUAAGGGGCCCGAGAUGCAAUCUAGCAGACUCUAAUCAUGGUGACACAGCAACUGCUGACACAGCAACCACUUCUUCAUCUUCUUCUUCUCCAUCCAAGAAAAUUCAAGACUGCGAACUCUCUCCUUGGAAAGCAGUUGGGUUCUGUAGCCAAGAGUGCGGAAUCCAAGGAGGUCGCAUGAAGUACAAACGUGAAAUCAUUCAAGAGGGGAAUGAGUAUGGAGUUCCAUGCAAAGACAAUUUCGAAUUGGAGAAGGAAGCAGCUUGCAAUCGAUCUCCAUGUCCAAUAUUAAGGCGCAAUAGAUAAUUAGAUAAAGGUACAACUCAUACUUACUUACAUUGAUUUCUCCCAUGUUCCCUCUUACUAGGAUUGGCAGAAGUGCGCCGGGCAAGAAGAAACGAAUUGCUUUAAACUCUAACAAUAGACUGCAAGGUAGCUGACUGGGGUCCCUGGUCAGAUUGCGGUGCCAUGUGCGGAGAAGGGAGCGUGAUGAGGGUACACCUACCCUUACUUAUAAAUAUAUCUAUAUGAUUCUUAUCUGCAUCUAGUCCUGCUCCUGCAAGUAGAACUCUGAUGUAGCCCAGUCAGAGAAGCUAAACUACAACACAUACACCCUCUCUUCAAUGUGGUCUCUUUUAUUUACAUCGAAAAGAACCACUUAAUCUUAAAAAUAGUACUUAUUUUCUUCAAAAUAUAAAAGAAAAAAUUCUAACAACACCUCACCCCCUUCAUCUCUUCAUGAUCUACUCUUCUACAGGAGCGCUCCCUAGUCCAAGCUGCACAAUGGAACGGCAAGGUCUGUCCGCGUCUCCAAGAACGUCAACCUUGUUCCGCUGGUCCCUGUAAUAAGGACUGUGUGGUCGCUGAUACUUGGUCAAAGCCUACUUUAUGGGCACCGUCAGCGGAUCUUUACAACACCAUCUUUUAGCCAAUUCGAUCAACAACAACCGGUUAGUUUUGUUCCCUCUAAUUAUCAUCUGAGGUCUACAACCGGUCGUUAGUUUUGUUCCCUCUAAUCAUCAUCUGACUGAGGUCAGUCUACUGUGGUCCCUACAAUGUAGCACCAAUUCGAUCGAUCUUGAGGCUCCUUACGGAAUUCGAUCGGUCAACAAACAGCAUUUGAUGUUCAACAUCCAAAAUAAGUACAUCAAAGUAGUUGUCGGUACGACCUCUAACUACAGCCUGUUCACGUGCUUGCGGUGGAGGCAGUUUUGAGCAGAGUCGUGCAGUGGUGGCACAAGCCCUUGGAACCACUGGCGAGUGCCCGGUAACGAAGUACCGGAAACUGGAAGCGUGUAAUGUUGAAGCGUGUCUAGAAGAAGUUUUGCAUGAAGAAGUGCCUUCUUCACCUUCUACAACUUCUACUAUAACAGCGAAAGUCGACUCGACAGCAAGAACAUCACUUUCGACUCUCGGUAGCCUCCAAGGACUCUUUCGUUGUGGUGAACGCAACUUAGUUGUCUUGAUAGACAAGUCUGGGAGCAUGGUCAAGUCCUCUGUAGUUGGCAACGUCGUUUCAGGAGACGCUUUCAUGCAGUCUCUGGACAAAGCGCUGUCGAACUACACUGUAGAUAGCGAAAAAGUACGACUGGCCAGGAUUGACUUCGGAACGCAAGCAAGACUGAUGGCGAAAACUACCCGCCAACAUUCGACUAGUCCUAGCACCUCCAGUUAUAGUAGUACCUCCACGUGGUCCACUUCUAGUAGUAGAAUCGGCAACAGCACCCGCGUUUCCAUCGCCCUCCACAAAGCACGAGACACCUUGCAGGAAAUUCAUAGUUCCCGAGCGGCAGCCAAAGUGGUUCGGGAAAGGGAGUUGAAUUCUGUACCUGGUGGGCUAGCUUUGGCAACACGUUUCUUACGGCCGACACUAAAGCAUCCUCAACAUCAUCCUUAGCCCGUUUUCUACUUGAAAACGAAGCACCUCCCAGGGAUACUAUUACUCUCAAGGAACAAGAUGCGAAUUCGACGGUAGCUCUAAUUUUCGGCGUCCGAAUGAAGCUAGACCCGCCACGUGGCAAAGAUGUCGUGAUCAUUUUCAGUGACGGCAUUUGGGCAAGGAAGCAUGCGAUAAGGUUAUGGAUUAUUGUUGUUUGUGGAUCUUUUUUGAACAGGAUGAAGAACAAGUAGAAGAUCACGAAAUAAAUGGUGACAACUACCAACAACAAGAAAACAAUAUAUAAUAUCCUUUGUUCUUGUUCACCCUUUGAGUAAAAUAGUUUCUUGAAUUCUAAGGCCAAUGAGAUUGUUCUUCUUCACUCUAGCCUAACCUUCACCCUUGAGUUGACAAUUGUUGCAAUUCUAAGGCCAUGGUCGCAAUUUGUUCUUCACGACUCUAAACCCUAAACCCUAAACCCUUGAUGUCCUCGUCUAAUUCUCGAAGCAAUCGAGAAACUGAGGGGCGAUUUUGCUGCAGACUCUUUAUCCUCCAGUAGUGCCAGGCUCCUUCUCGUUGGCAGCGAUGCGACCGCCUUGGAACGACUCCAAGGAGAGAAGUGGGUAUCACCAGAGCACGUGUUCGAGGCGAGCGACAUGGUGAAUAUACUCAGUGGAGUAUGCGAGGCGCGGGUCUAGUAAGCUUAGAAGUUGUAAGUAGGGCGGAAUUAUAAAAGUUUAAGGACGAAAGUGCGUUGAAGUUGUAAGUAUCUACUUAUACAUUUUUUAGUCUUCAAGAAGGUCUACGUCUAGUUUUCAAAGCAGUGGACCAGAGCAAAAAUAAACGUCUGAGAAAAAACUAUGAGUUUCGAACGCAUCAGGCGGUAAGACAUUUAGACAUUUCUUUUCUUUUCCGAGGUGGCCUGGCUGCUUGACAGUUUCAGCUUAAUCCCGUCUUAUUGCAAAGAUUUAUUUUGACCAACAAUUUCUCUACUAUGUGAAACAGAUCGUGCACAGACUUGAAUAUGAUACUUACACCGCGAUAUAAUGAAUCUAAGAAGUAGAAGUGAAAGCAAGAAUAGUCAUAGAAAAAUCACCACGACCAGGAAAAAGCUGUCAUGAAAAAUGGUUUGUACACGUCAUGCUGAGUUCACACAGAAACUUGAACUGAAACAGAGGAUCAAAUAUAAUUGUUGUUGUUGAGCGAAGAUCUUUGAGCAGGC